AUGUAUAAAGAAAAAGACCCUGGUAUAUUUGCGUGGGAGAUAAGAGACAAGCUACUUGCUGAUGCCGUCUGUGACAAAUACAACGUUCCUUCUGUCAGCUCAAUCAGUAGAAUACUUAGAAAUAAAAUCGGAAACAGCAACCAUAACAACACUAGUAAUAACACUACCCAGCCAGCAAGUCCACAGUACGAUAAAAAUCCUACAGCAGCCCCACUUUAUAACCAGUUCUAUCCAUACACGUGCCCGGCUCAAGCUAUCCCUACUGUACCGACCCCGCAACAUCCGUCGCAAACCGGUAGUUUACCAUUAAAUACAAAACCGGGGGCAAUGUCCGCGGUAACACCGUGCAUGAUGAGGGCUUGGCCAUCAUCUCAUACAGUUAAUGACAUUCUUGGGUUCCGUCCACCACAGUCCAUGUCCCAACCUGCUCCACCAAUGGACACUACAAUCGGUCAAAAUUACAACUACUACGGAGUCAAUGUGAAAUCUGCAGCUGUAUCUCCCAUAACAUAUUUUCUAACUUGUUAUCUUGUUUCCUUUGUUUCUUUCUUUUCUUUCCAUCAUUCCAUAUUUUCUUUCUUUCUUUACUUUACUGUACUUUUCUUUCCUUUCUUUCUGUGUUCCCAUAUUUUUUUUUUCAAUUCAUAUUUUCUUUCUUUUUUCUUUCUUUUUUUACUUUUUCUUUCCUUCCUUUUUCGUUCUUUCCUUCCUUUUUUCGGUCUUUCUUCUUUUCUUGGUUCUUUCUUUCCUUCCUUUCUUGGUUCUUUCUUUCUUUCCUUCCUUUCUUGGUUCGUUCUUUCUUUCCUUCCUUUCUUGGUUCUUUCUUUCCGUUCUUUCUUGGUUGGUUCUUUCUUUCUUUCCGUUCUUUCUUUCCGUUCUUUCUUUCUUUCCGUUCUUUCUUGGUUCUUUCUUUCUUUCUUUCCGUUCUUUCUUGGUUCUUUCUUUCUUUCUUUCUUUCCGUUCUUUCUUGGUUCUUUCUUUCUUUCUUUCUUUCUUUCUUUCUUUCUUUCUUUCCGUUCUUUCUUGGUUCUUUCUUUCUUUCCGUUCUUUCUUUCUUUCUUUCUUUCUUUCUUUCCGUUCUUUCUUUCUUUCUUUCUUUCUUUAUUUCUUUCUUUCCGUUCUUUCUUGGUUCUUUCUUUCUUUAUUUCUUUCCGUUCUUUCUUGGUUCUUUCUUUCUUUCUUUCUUUCCGUUCUUUCUUGGUUCUUUCUUUCUUUCUUUCUUUCCGUUCUUUCUUGGUUCUUUCUUUCUUUCUUUCCGUUCUUUCUUGGUUCUUUCUUUCUUUCUUUCCGUUCUUUCUUGGUUCUUUCUUUCUUUCUUUCUUUCUUUCCGUUCUUUCUUUCUUUCUUUCUUUCUUUCUUUCUUUCUUUCCGUUCUUUCUUUCUUUCCAUCUUUUCUUUCGCACUUUCUUUCCUUCCUUUCUUCGCUCUUUCUUUCCUUCCUUUCCUACCUUCUUUCUUUCGGUCAUUCCAUAUUUUCUUUCUUUCGCCCUUUUGUUUUUUCUUUAA